GGGAAAGUCAACGCGCAAAUUAAACACCUUGCAAAUAUUGAAAUAGACUAGGCACUAGGCAGGAGAGACGAGAGAGAGAUGGGGUGCUUCUCUUGCUUCGACGGAGGCAACAAGCAACGGAGAAGGGAAGAAGAAAGGCUGGCCUCUGAAGAAGCUCGCGCUAAAGCCGCCGAAGCCGCCCAGAAAAGGCAAGAGCAAUUUGAAAAAUCUCCUGCAGGAAGAGCUGCACGUGCACAACUACAGGGACUCGCAAAGCAAUCUGCAAACUCUAACAAAGGCGAACCAGCUCUAAAGUGGCAGAUGUCUUGAGGUGAAGCUUUUUGUUUUUUCAACUCAAUUGUCCGUUAAGUUGUGUUUAUAAUAAGAUUCAAAUGUAUCUUCUCCACUGCCUUUUCUUGGAGUUCAAACAGUUGAUGACUACAGAGCAAAUGCAACAACAACAAAAGUUUAUUCUUGUUUUAUGUUUAAUUAUGAUGUAAAAAGCACUAUAAUAAACUAAAAUGCAUGUUUGUUUCUUCUGUAAUAUCUCCCCUUGUUGCCUCUGCGCAUCAAGUUUUUAGCCCCUUUAGCUUGUAUAGGAACUCCAGCUUUAUGUAGUUCAAAAUUGGUGAUGUAGAAGGGUAGUCAUUAUUUAUAAAUGUAUGUCUCGUGCCUUCGCUUUUGUUGGCAAUUCUGGUACGAGGCUCCAUCAAA